UGAGUUAAUCUGUACAUUGAUUCUCAUUAAUCAUAUCCUUAUUCCACUCGAAUUUUCAGCUCUCAGCCUCCAAUCGCGGCCACCCGCACAUCGACGGUAAAGGAGGUGAACCCCAUGCACCUCGUAGCAGAGUCAUGGCACCGUCCCCCUUCUAUCGUCGAUAAACAGCCACUUACGUUGCCUACCAUUCAUCUUGUGGAUUAAUCCUUUCGAUGUCUCUCUUUCAUCACAUUUCUUGUGAUCUGUUUAUCUACUCUUAGAUAUCGUGCACAAAUCUUGUAUCGUAUUGGGUAUUGUUAAUGAUCGUCCGUCCUGCAAAAUAUUGUCAUCCAUUGGCAUUUUUCGACAUCCCAUUUGUCUGAUCGGUAAAAGUGAGGGAACGUGUAACUGCUUCUUAUCAGCAUGUAUUCCUUUCGGCACCAACGUCUUGCAGCUUCUUGCUGUACAAUCUUCCUCUGUCUGCUGUCUCUGGCCACAGAAGCGAUCGGCAAAGGGACAGGAGCAAGGUACGACUCGUUUGUGCCCCACGCGAUCGCAAUUAUCGGCCCCAUUCUCGAACGUCAUAACGCCUUCCGACCCUAUAAUAUCCGCCUUUUAAUAUUUCGAUCGGCAAGGGGUAUUGGUCAAGGGCAAGGGUCGCAUAUCACCUUGACAAUAUUGACACUGCGGACACGGGGAGAACAAUAACUUGAAAUGCAGUAAGUUUCACCUAGGGACCCACUCUCGGAGAAGACAAAGGAGAGAAAAUAACAGGAAAAAAAGUCUCACCAAUUAUCCAGCCUCUUGAACCGACAAAGCGUUCAUCAUCAAACUUUGUUCGUCGCAAAGGCAACGUCUUGGGAGAUGAAACGACCCUGCCUUUGUGAUGAUGUGAGCAUACAUUAAAAACACACGACGGCCCUCACCCUGCGUCGUUGCGCCGCCGUUUUCAUCUUCGAAUCUGAAAUUGAC